AGAGAGUAAACAUACACACACGGCAGGCGGGAAUAGACUCACACACACACAUCACGCCGUCAACCACAGCCCUUUCCCAUCUACCCACCAAGACGGAUACUCCAUCCUGUCCCGUCCUCAUCUCGCCGCCCGCUUAUCUGUCUGCCUCAUAUUGUCUAAUCCAUCCAUUCAUUCAAGCCGUCCCGUGACGUUACCACCUCAUCUUAUCCCAUCUUAUCCGUCCACUCAUUGCAACGGCAACGACACGCGCAAGAGCGGCAGUAAUACGCCUCUCUCCAGCAUACCCAUCGAGUACCAUAGCUCCGUACUCCCAAAAAGAAACCAGUAACACACCAUCACCAUGCAACAAGUCGUGCAAGGAGCCCUCUCUUUUCUCGGCCUCACUAGCCAGAGCAACAGCAACACCCACCUCUUCGACACACUAGGUCUGGAGACAGUAUCCCGACCACUAUCACUACCAUCACAAAACGACGUCUCCUUGGUAGACGCCUCCCUUCUAGCAUGGCUGUUGCUUCUCCAGAGAAAGGGAGAAGAUGAUCGGGUAGAGAACUUCAACUGGGGACGGAGAAGUGCUGAUGGGGCGGAAACGUCGUCACAGUUCUCUGUCAAGUCGGCGCUUGGAUCUGAAGGGCUGGAUCAGGCGGCGAGUGUGAAGAUUGUGCUUGAGGCGCUGAGGAAGGUUACCGGGCAAGAGGUGACAGAGGAGAACAGGAACAGGACGCUGUUCUUUAACGAUGGAAAGGAGGCGCCGGAGAAGAUUAAGGAAGAGGGAUAUGAGACUGCUCAGCGGCCGAACUGGACAUUCCAACUUGAGCUCCUCCCAUCGGAAGAUGAGCAACAACAACUCACCCUCCAAGCCUACUGGUUCAAGAACGUCCCCGACGCUCUCACCACUUCGCAAGUUACCAUCCGCCUGAACGCUUUCACCGAGCUCCUGGCCUCCAUUCUGACCAAGCCCUCGGAGUCCAUCUCCUCCCUCCUCACCCCUCUCCCCUGCGACCUCAACCAGAUCUGGGCCUUCAACGCCGUCGUGCCCCCCUUGAUCGAUCGCACCAUGCAGGACAUCAUCUCCGAGCAAGCCGCCGCCAACCCCUCCAAGCCGGCCGUCUCCUCCUGGGACGGCGAGUUCACCUACGCCGAAGUGGAGUCGAAGUCCGACCUUUUGGCCCGCCACUUGGUCUCCCGCGGCGUCAAGCUCGGCGGCGUGGUCCCUCUGAUGUUCGAGAAAUCCCGCUGGACCAUCGUCGCGCUCUUGGCCGUCAUGAAAGCCGGCUCGGCAUUUGCUCUCACCGACCCCACCUCUCAACCUGAAGGCCGUUUGCGAGUGAUGGUCGAGCAGACUGGUGGCGAUAUCAUCGUCGCUUCUGCUUCUCAGACCAAACUCGCCGAGGUCUGUCUCCCUUCCUCUGGCCAGGGACAAGUCAUCACCGUCUCUGACGAGCUUUUCACCACCCUCUCCUCUGAUUCUACAUGGACCCUUUCAGAGGUGACCCUCCCCGUCAUCCCCACAGAAACAACCCCCCUCUACAUCCAAUUCACCUCCGGCUCCACCGGCAAGCCCAAGGGCGUCGUCAUCUCCCACGCCAACUACACUUCCGGCGCCCUGCCUCGCGCCGAAGCAGUCGGUUACAAGUCUUCUUCGCGCUGCUUCGAGUUCGCGUCCUACGCUUUCGAUGUCUCCAUCGAUUGUAUGUUCUGCACUUUGGCUGUCGGCGGAACGAUUUGCAUCCCAUCGGACGCUGAUCGCAUGAACGACCUCGGCGGGGCUAUUGUCAAGUCAGGGGCGAACAUGGCGCAUAUGACGCCCUCUGUUGCGAGAGUGCUUGAUCCCGAAGUUAUCAAGGGUCUUGAUGUGCUUGGAUUGGGUGGUGAGGCGGUAUCUGCGGCUGAUGCAGCUGCUUGGUCCCGUGGCAAGACGUCGGUGAUUGUGGCUUAUGGACCUAGUGAGUGCACGGUUGGAUGUACCGUCAACAAUGUUUUCGCGAGAGAUGAGGAGGCCAAGAAGAAGGGGUUCACUACCGGAAACAUCGGUACCGGCGUCGGCGGGUGCGGAUGGGUCGUUGAUCCCAAUGAUCACGACCGCUUGGUGCCCGUGGGAGCAGUGGGUGAGUUGCUCAUGGAGGGUCCGGUCGUUGGACUUGGCUACCUCGGUGAAGAGGAAAAGACCAAGGAGGUGUUCAUCGAAGAUCCCAAGUGGCUCGUUGCUGGCCAUGGUGAUGCCCACCCCGGUAGACACGGAAGGCUGUACAAGACUGGUGAUUUGGUCCGGUACGAUGCCGAUGGCUCGGGGGCUUUCGUCUUUGUUGGACGCAAAGAUGCCCAGGUGAAGCUGAGAGGUCAGAGAGUGGAGCUGGUUGAGAUUGAACACCAUCUCCGUGCUAAGUUGCCGGCGGGCGUGAAGAUUGCUGCUGAGGUUAUCAAGCCUAGCGGUGGUGAUCCUACGCUGGUUGCUUUCCUGGCGGAGACUAGCUCGACGGGUAUCUCGGCCAAGGACGCUUUGCAAACUGUUGUGGAGGGCGAGCUUACUUUCUCUCCUGAGCUGCAGGCUGCGCUGGAUGGUAUCGAGGAGGCCCUUGGCGUUGAUCUGCCUCGGUACAUGGUUCCUAAUGCCUACAUCCCCCUCCGCGAGAUGCCCUCGCUGGUGUCGGGCAAGAUUGAUCGCAAGACGCUGAGGGCUAUGGGUGCUGCUAUGACCAGGGAACAAGUCUCAGGAAGCGCAAAGAGGGCCAGACAAGGUGGUGAGGGCGGUGCUCCUACCACCGAGAUGGAGAUUGCCCUUCACAAGGUCUGGAAGCAGCUGCUUGGUACCGAGCAGGAGAUUGCGGCUAGUGAUAGCUUCUUUGCUGUCGGCGGCGAUUCUCUCAGGGCUAUGAGGCUGAUCGCUGCUGCCAGAGCGGAGGGUGUUAAGUUGACUGUUGCCGAUGUUUUCCGGUAUCCCGUCCUCAGAGACAUGGCUGUUGUCGCUACCAAGGUUGACAUCCAGAAUGCCGAUGGCAAGGACAGCAACGAGGUUGCUCCCUUCUCGUUGCUUGAAGCCGAUUGGGCCGUCGAAGACGUCAAGGCCGAGGCCAGCAAGCACUGCGGUAUUGACAAGGACGCCGUCGAGGACGUCUACCCCUGCACUCCCCUCCAGGAAGCCCUCAUGGCUCUGUCAGCCAAGGUCAAGGAAGCCUACGUCGCCCAGCGUGUGCUCAAGAUGGAAGGCCGAGCCGCCGCCGACAAGCUCAAGGCCGCCUUCGAAGCAAUCAACGCCGACUGCGCCAUCCUCCGCACCCGCAUCAUCCACUCCCCGCGCGGCCUGAUGCAAGUCGUCGUCAAGGAGCCUCUGCACUGGCACUCCGCCCCUACCCUCGCCGAGUACCUCGAGACCGACCGCAACGAGGAAAUGGACCUCGGCAAGCCUCUCGUCCGCUACGGCCUCAUCCAGGACGGCGACGCCUACCACUUCGUCCUGACCAUGCACCACGCUUUGUAUGAUGGCUGGUCCAUGCCCCUCGUCGUCGACCGCGUCAACCAGGCCUACCAGGGCCUCGUCCCGCGCAAGCCCGCGGCGGAGUUCAAGCACUUCAUCAACUACCUCAACAACUCGCUCGACCGCGCCGCCUGCGACGCCUACUGGAAGGACCAGCUCGCCGGCGCCACCGGUCUGCAAUUCCCCGCCUUGCCAUUCGAGGGUUACCAAACCCGUGCCGACUCCCUCUGGGAGCUGUACGUCUCCCUCGACGGCCGCAAACCCCCUUCUUCCCCGAACACGACCAUCACCCUCGCCACUAUCGUCCGCGCUGCCUGGGCCCUCGUGGCAAGCCAGUACACAGCCGGUAACAACGACAUUGUCUUCGGCGAGACGUUAACCGGUCGUAACGCCCCCAUCGUGGGCGCGGAUGAGAUCGAAGGCCCAAUGAUCACCACCGUUCCUGUGCGCGUCUGCGUCGAUCGCGAGCAGACUGUCGCCGAGUACUUGCAGCAGGUGGCAGAGCAGAUGAUCACCCAAAUCCCCUACGAGCACGCCGGUCUGCAGCACAUCCGUCGCUUGUCCGAUGACGCGCUGCAAGCGUGCGAGUUGAGGACUGGUAUCGUCCUUCAUCCCGCUGCGGGCGAGGUUGGCGUUACGGAGAACACGCCCGCGACAGGCCUCGUCCCCGCUGGCGACACUGAGGCGGCGCAGGAGGCGUUGAAGUUCAAUACCUAUGCGUUGAUGCUGGUUUGCUCGCUUGAGGCUGAUGGGUUCCUUGUCAUGGCGUCUUUUGACUCCAAGACGGUGGAGAUGGAUGUUGUUAAGAAGGCUUUGGAUCAGUUGCAGGUGGUGGUGAGGCAGUUGUGUGAGGAGGGCAGUGGGGAGAGGAAGGUGGGCCAGUUGGAGUGCUUGACUGAGAAGGAUCAUGAGGAGGUGAAGAAGUUGGCGGGUGUUAAGAACCUCGCUGCUGAAUCGGAUCCGUUCGCUGCGGGCAUCAUCGAGGAAGAUUUGGAGGGUGUCUGGAUUGUUGAUGCUGCUGAUGUUGGCAGGCUUGUGCCUGUUGGUGCGGCGGGCGAGCUCGUAGUUGAGACCAGCAAGGAGCUUGCUGCGCCUGCGGCUCUUCUCGCUGAGAUUCCGGCCUGGUACACUGGCAGCAAGAAGCUCUACAAGACCGGCCAGCUCGCCAAGUUCAAGGUUGACGGCGAUUCUGCCUCCCUCUGCAUCCUCAAGGCUUCCGAACCCAAGACCGAGGUGGCCAAGAAGAAGGUUGCUUCCUCCGUCGCUCCCUCCGCUGUUGCUGCCACUUCGGCCAAGCAGAAGACUCUGCGCAAGAUUUGGGCCAAGCUGCUCAAGGUCAAGGAAGAUAACAUCUACCUCGGUGACAGCUUCUUCAACCGCGGUGGUGACUCCAUUACUGCCAUGAAGUUGGUGUCAGAGGCACGCCAGCAGGGUCUCAAGAUCAGCGUUGCCCAGGUGUUUGCCAACCGCACGCUGUUCGACAUGGCCAAUGUCAUGCAGACCACCGGUGCCGUGGUUGACGGUUCGGAGAAGAUUGAGACCGAGUAUAAGCCUUUCUCUCUCCUCGAGGACGACAAGGACAGCAUCCUGGAGGUCGUCAAACAGUCCCUGGCCGACAAAUCCUGGACCGUCGCCGACGUCCUUCCCACCCGUCCCCUCCAGGAGAUCGCCGUCCGCGGCACCGUCGAGCUCCCCCGUUUCUCUCUCCGCUACGAGCUGAUGCACUUCAACGCCAUGGUCGACAAAGCCGCCCUCUUCCGCGCCUGCCACGAAGUCGUCGCGCGCAACGAGAUCCUACGCACCGUCUUCGUCCGCGCUGGCGGUUCCGACGCCUCCAACACCUGCUACGGCGUCGUCAUCGACAACCUAGCCACGUCCAUCGCCUCCUACGAAACCGACAACGCCUCCGUCAAGGACUUCGCCGCCCAAGUCUGCCGGCUCGACUCGCAAACCCGCAUGCCGUACGGCUCCUCCUUCGUGAAAUGGUUCUUCGUCACCAACGGCACUUCAUGCUCGCUCGCCUUCCGCCUGUCGCACGCCCAAUACGACGAGAUCUGCCUCCCCAUCAUCCUGCACCAGUUCCACCAGCUGUACCUCGGCUCCCCACAGUCCUCCUCCAUCCCGCCCUCCUACCCCUUCUCGCACUUCGUCGCCCACACUAUCCGCGACUCCAUCCCCGCCGCCAUCCCCUACUGGCGCAACCUCCUGUCUGGCUCAUCGGGCAUCACCCGCUUCCGCCCCUCGGCGCCCAUCACCUCGCGCAAGCACCACGCCAUCCACCGCGCCGUCGACAUCUCCGCGCGCUCGCGCGACGUCACCGUCGCCACUUUGCCUUCAGCAGCCUGGGCACUCGCUCUCGCCCGCCACGUCAAGUCCGCCGACGUCAUCUUCGGCGAAGUCUCCUCCGGCCGCUCCGUUGACGUCCCCGGCGUAAAGGAUACCAACGCCGUCACCGGUCCUACGUGGCAAUACGUGCCUGCGCGCGUCAAGUUCGACAACCCCUCCAAACCCAUUCGCACGGGCCAUGACUUGUUGGCAGAGCUGCAGACGCAGCACAUGGCUUCUUCUGCUUAUGAUUGCAUGGGUUUGGAGGAGAUUGUGAGGACUUGUACGGAGUGGACCCUCGAAAAGGAUAUGUGGUUUGAUACGGUGGUGCAUCAGGAUGUGGCGCAUGUGGAGAAGCUCGAGUUCUCCGCCGGGGAAGAGAAGGAUGGACGGCAGGAACAGGGAGCGAAGGCGGAGUUUGAGACGCUUUAUUGUUAUGAGGAGCCGUUGAGGGAGUGGAAGGUGCAGGCGUUUAGGGAUGAGAAGGGCGAGGAGAUGGUGUUGGAGAUUGUUACUAUGGAGUGCUGGAAGGAGGAGGCGGAGGUUGUGCUGGGUGAGGUUUGUGAGGCGUUGAAGCAGUUGGUGGAGAGGCCUUGGGAGGAGUUGGAUGUUGCCUACUAAGGUGGAGGAGUGAGGUCUUGUUUGUUUGUGGUGAACAAGGGCCAUUGUUGCGGUUUCUUCUUGGGUCCUGUACAUGGGGUUUUGUUUGGCAAAA